GAUGCAGCAAAAAACUAUAGAAGCGGGAAAAUUUCUGAAUAAAACCUACUGUAUUCGACCACCUGAAGAUUGGCUUGAGGCUUGCGUCAAUUGGAUGAUAAAUGAAGAGUUUUCUGUAGCUAUUUUAAAUGAUAGUCUAAGUCAGAACGAUAUCAAUACUAAUGUAAUGGAACAAUGGUUAUCGUGUGAUUUGAAUGAAAUAGGUAGCUGUUGUUUUCCGGGCAAUCUAGAAAAUAUAAAACAAAGUUCAAAGUCAUUUUUGAAGGGGACUUUUCCUGUUCAAGCAAAUUCAAUGAUUGAUUGUAGUAAACCGUUUUACAACCAAACCCUUAAGUUAAAGAACAUGAAUUUUGAAAACGCAAAAGUUGGUGCAUUUGAAAACGAGAAAGAACAGUCAAAUAAAAGAAUGCUAAAAUUAUUACUAACCGAUGGACAACAAUCUAUUAUGGCUAUGGAAUAUAAUUCUAUCCCCGCUUUCGACCAAUCUCUAAGUCCUGGCUUCAAGAUGUUACUGAAAGGAGAUAUUCUUUGCCGAAAUGGAGUAUUAUUUCUAACUGCCGAAAAUGUUACAGUUUUAGGAGGAGAAUCGGAAGUUGUUAUGGAAAAAAAUCUAGUAGAAAUAAUAACGGAAAAAUUAAAUGGAAAUAUCACUCUACGGCAAGAUCGAAAAGCUCAAUCAAAGAAAAAAGAACUCUCAGGAAAAUUUUUAAAUAAAAAUCCGAAAGGCUUUCGUAAAACUGAAAGCACUGAAUUUAAACCAUCUAUGUCAAAUAAUCAAACAAGAAAUUUUAAAAAUACUAUUACUCCAAGUUCCAAUCUGAAGAGAUUUAGUACGGAAGAUUGGUCUGAUGAUGAAAUUUUUCAAUCGAUCGAAACGGAUCCUCAGCCUCUUACCGAUUCAGAAAAUAAAAUACGUACUGAAAAAUCUGCAAAUACAAAAACUUUCUUUGACAUGGAGGACGACGAUGAUUUCGAAAAAAGUUUACGUGAGUUUGACGAAAGUUUUGAAACUUGUCCAAGUCCAAAGAGACAAAAAUUAUCCCAACCUAAACAAGCAAACAAUUCUAAAGAUGUCAAGACAACCAGUCCUCAAGAGAAAGUCGCUAGAAUAUCGGACUACGAUGACAUAGAAGAGCUUACUGCAAUGGUUCAAUCGGAGAAUGACAUCAAAUCCAGUCGUAGUUGUUUCAGUGAUCAAAGAGGUUUCAGAAAAGCUUCUGAAUUGAGGUUUGGUAAUGAUCGUGGUACAAAGUUGGCAACUAGUCCAACCAAAAAAUUUUCAAAUAACAAUUCAAAGGGCCCGCACUUGUCAUCAGAGCAGAAUUUGGAAUUAAUAUCACUUAGCACAUUAGGUAAAAUGAAAUUAUCCAAUGCUAUGCCUGAUAUCGUCUAUGUUAGGGGAUAUAUUUCAAGAAUGCUGGGUAAACUAAAAUUAACCAAAUAUGGUUGGUCAGUUCCUGCCAACCUAACUGACGAAGAAAAUAAAGAAAAUUUAGAAAUUCUAUUUAGUGACAAGCUUUUAACGUCUAUUAUUGGAAUUCCCGCCUCGGAGGUUCAGAAAAAGAAAUUCGAGCCCAAUUUCAAAGAAUAUAUUCAACAAGUUAUUAAAGAAGGUUCUUCAAAAUUGGCUGGAUUGAAAGGAGUGUUAAAAAUACAGAUAGACUCAAAAUUUCCAAAACCUGUAUUAGUUGAGAAAAUAUCUGAUUAA